AUGGAAGAUAAGAGCGCAUCUGGUAAUGCUUCGGCUGCGGAAAACGCAGCCUCUGCAACGCCUGCGAAGAAGAGCGCGAAGUCUAAAGCGAAGGUGCAGCGUCCGAAAUCCAGUCAUCCGCCAACGUCGGAGAUGGUCAAGUCUGCCAUCAAGGAGCUGAAGGAACGCAAGGGUUCGUCCGUGCAGGCGAUCAAGAAAUACAUCGCCUCGACUUACAAAGUCGACGGUGAGAAGUUCGCUCCCUUCAUCAAACGUUACUUGCGGGCAGCGGUUACGUCCGGUGCGGUGGUGCAGACCAAGGGGAAAGGCGCGUCGGGCUCUUUCAAGCUCUCUACGAACACCAAGACCGUUCGAAAGCCCAGCAAGGUGAAGCGCGCUGCACCGAAACCUGCCUCUGACACCAAGAAGACGGCCGAGAAGAAGGUGACGAAGAAAGCGCCCGCGCCUAAGAAAGCCGCGGCCGACAGUAAGAAGACAACGGCUGAGAAGAAGCCGGCACCUCCAAAGAAGACCGCCAAAACUGCAGCAGCGAAGAAAGUCGAAGCCGCCGCGAAACAAAAGGCUGCCGCUCAGACUAAAAGUCUGUCCAAGACCAAGAAGGCUACCAAAGCACCGGCGGCGAAGACCAAAACGCCAAAACCAAAAACUACCAAGGCAACAGCAGCGAAGUCUGGGAAAGCAGCAAAAAAGUAA